GUUAAACAUUUUCAAAAGACUUCGUUGGACUUUCCAAGGUCCUGGUAAUCGUAAAUUGUAGUGCUUUUCUAACUUUCCACUUUUGCCACUGCAGCAAUUCCUUGCUUGUUAUUUCCUCCCGCAAAGUUGAUUAGUCAAACUGACAAUAAUCAUUAGGCUGAAUGUGAUAUGGUUUUGAAGUCAAUGAAGAUUUUAUCAAGCAUAUGAUUACUCCCCUCCCCGACAUUGGGGACAAAAGAAAAUCAUCUAAUUUAGUGUUUAAUGGUUUUGGGAUCCAUGGAGAAGCAAUUUGAAAUACCAUUUUAGCUGCCAGCCAGUUUUUUCGAGGAAGCAGGCUUUAAAUGCCCUCAAAAUUGAGUGAUACUAUCAGUUCAUUGUGUUGCUGGCGGUCAUUCCAGUCUUGUACAAGGAAUCGCAACCUGUCAAUAGAGCAGAAGAACCAAGCAAUUCAGCAUUCAUUCAUAAAUUGAACAGAUCCUCUUCUGUCAAUUAUAUCUUGGGUUUUCCUUGGCUUAAAGAAAUUGAUGAGGCUAGGCAAAGCCAUGCGGUUGCAGUAAUGCUUGCGGAAAAGUUAAUCAGAAGAGAAGAUUAGAGCCAUUAUGUGCACACAGAGUUCAAAGUUCUUGAAGGCAGCCAGUUCGGGAUAUCAUCAGAAAAGAAAAAUAGGAUGCCAGAUCCACUAAUACAAGCAACGAGACUGGGCAUCAUUGAGGUAGUUCAGGAAAUCCUCAGUGUCUACCCUGAAGCAGCAUAUACCUUCGAUGGAAAUGGAAGGAAUAUACUGCAAAUUGCAGUGGAGGAGGAAAAAUGGUUCUUGUACGACUACUUGAUGACUAGUGGUACUAACAUGGACAGGAUGCUAAGUGCUAUUGAUCACGAAGGAAAUACCAUUAUACAUCUCGCAGCACACCAGGAAUCCCCUCCCAGCACUCCCCCUGGUGUUUUGGAAAUGAUGUGGGAAGUCCUCUGGUUUAAGCGGGUUCAAUAUGACUCUUAUCCAUAUCUCUGGCAACUGCAAAAUUCUGAUGGGAAGACAGCAAAGCAAGUAUUUGAGACGAACCAUGCAAGUCUACGUGAAAAGGCUGAGGAAUCUGUGAGAGCAUUGGCCAACACUGUGUUGAUUGUGUCUGUCCUCAUUGGUACCGUAAACUUUGCUGCAAUUUUUACUGUACCCAGAGGUUUCGAUCAAACGACUGGAGAGGCCAUUUUUCUCAAGAACCGGCGCUGGGAAUUCAGCUUGUUGAUGUUCUACUUAGCAGGAGGGCUGUUCUCCUCUCUGUUCACCAUAGGGACCCUGCUUGUGAUUAUCUUUUUGCGAUUUGAAACCGAGGAUUUUUAUGUUUCCCUGCCCUGCUACUAUGUGAUGAACAUAAUUUCCAUCUUCUACUCCACGGUCCUCGCAAUCGUAGCAUGUUGUCAAGCAUUAAUAGUGCAGAAGGUUGUGAUUACUGACUUCAGACCCCUUGUGGUGUUCUUCUUUAUCUAUGGUCUGAUGGCCCUUGUGCGCAUGGAAACGUCGUAUGUGAUAUUCGACUAUGCGUAUCACCUAAUUCGUUACUGCCUUUGUUAUAGAGGGCAAGAAUCUUAAGCACUGCCCUUGCUUAUUCAUGUCAAUUUCGUGCAGACU